AUGACUGCCAAUAAGCCAAAGAUAUUGUUUGUCCUUUCUUCGCAUGAAACCGAUGAUGCUUACUGUCAAGAAUUCUACCGCACAAAAAAAGAUCUCUGGAAGAGUACUGAAAAGCUCGCUUCUUUUCUUGGUCGCGCGAAGGACUUUGAUGUCAUUUUCGUUGUGGGGGGCUUCGGACGUAGGCAUUCCCUGUCGUUGCAGUCCUUGCACUUCAUGUUCUAA